CAGUCAGUGCCGCGAUCGACGCCGGCGCAUCAGCUCACUCGGAUACACGCCGCUCUAAACUCUGAAAACGGAGUGUCGUGACUUGUUUUGAAAUUAUAAACAAUAUAUACAAGUGCUAUGAGCCUGAACCACGAUUGCCGGCGAGUGUUUUGUAAACUCUUGUGUUGUGACAAGGAUUGCUUUUACUUUAACUUGUGCGAAUAGAGACAAAACGAGUAGCUCCCUUCAAUUCGGUGUUGAGUGAAAAGCAGCAUCAGAGAUGGCAAUGAAGGAAUGGCUACAAUGGCUGCCGCCGCCGCGGUCGCUACUGGCUCUGUUACUGGCAGCGGCAGGAUUCAGUGGACGAUUAUUCGCAUCCCACGUCACUCACUCACCAACACUUCUGGUGGACACGUGUCACUCGCUCUGCAGGCUUGUGGGACUCAUUACUACCGUUCUCGCUUAUAAGUACGAACGAGCUGACGAAAACACAGGUCGAGAAGGCAGACUUCGGAACACAUUCGGCUGGGCCCGAAUAGAAGUCGUGGGCCGAUUAUGCGUCCAUGUACUAUUCGCCUCUUUCACGUUGGCGCUGGUAGUAAAUGCUCUGCAGCUAGGAGUCCAUUCUUCGCAUGGCCAACCCCCAAGAUACCCUCGCGUCAUCGUUGGCAGUGCCGUGAUUGGUCUACUACUGCACGCCCUUAACUAUAUGCUGCUUGCCGGUCGCGAGCUUAGUUAUAGUCGUCGGCUGAGUAUGACAGAAGGAGGUGGAGUUAUCCUCAAGACUGGAGCAGGAGAACCAAUACUCGCACACGCUCCUACCGAUAUUGCCAGUAGUCUGUUCGUGAUGGGUGCUGGACUAACAUCUGAGUGGGAGCCAGUGGCCGCGCGGAUCGCCGAUCCUGCACUCUCCGCUUGUGCCGCCAUAGUGCUCGUCAUAUUUAACUAUCCCUUCAUGCGUUCGGCGGGAUUGAUUCUCCUGCAGACGGUGCCCGAAGGGCUGGGCGCAUGCCAAUUGCGCGCAGCAGCGCUCAAAGUACCUGGUGUGCUCGCUAUUCACGAACUACACGUAUGGCAGCUACAUCGUGACAGGGUCGUUGCCACUGCGCACAUUGCUUACAGUUCCCAUGAGGACUACAUGCGCAGCUCAGCUCUCGUAUGCGAGUUGUUCAAACGUCACGGGAUCGGACUCGUGACUCUACAGCCUGAGUUCGCUCUGGCCUCAGCGGUAGGAAAGACGGAUAAUGAAGAAGAGAAAAAGUCAUUACUAGACUUCGCCAAUUUGGCAUGCUCGUGUCCCUGCGCGAAGGAAUGUAACGCACCUAGGUGUUGUGAGCCCCCAGGAAAGCCGCCAGUCACGCGCGUCUAGCCCUACCAAAGUGUUCUUGCAAGAACUUUUCAUACCGAGUUAAAAAUAAGUGGAAUUGCACUUUUUCCAUAAAGGAAAAUCGUGUUUUUGACAUGCGUUUGAAUAAGUCUUACCCUAGUUUUAUGACAGAAACUGAUUAUUAGGUGGACGCUCUUUGAGAAUGUUUUUUGGGAUUGUACCCUACACAGUAUAUACUAAUUAGUAGUUGUGGCAGCGAUGUAAGCAAAGAAGUUCCAUUCGAACGUAGAGGCAAACGAGCGGGUUUCUAAGUUAGUAAUGAUAGCCCACCGCGCCGCUCCCGCGCCGGUGAAAGUGUUGGCACGUAAUGAAUAAAACCAGUGUCGCGCUUCGCGCUGCGAUGCGUCAUUAUGUCACUUUAUACUGCAUCUUCAAUAACGAUCUUGGUUGUGAGUUAUAGCGAAAAGAGUGAUCUCAUCCAGCCGUUGACAGAUAAUGGACUUAUUGUCACUCAGGCACACAAUACAAGUUGGAUUAAACUUGAAUCACCCAUUGUAACAACUAUACUAAAGCUACAGAUGAGAUGAUAUCCCAAAACAAGGAGCAAUGCUCAACGUAAACUAAAUAUAAGAUAUAAUUGGUUAAGUUUUCUUGUACAUACGUAACUAAGCUUCCCUUGAAUAACUUUGAACGUGUACAAAAACAGUGAUUUGAAAAAUAUGAAAUGACGAAAACGAUAUAAAAAAAGUUUAACGUUAAUGUUAGUAAACUAUUUAUUAUUAUGUAUUAGGUACAUAUGACAGAGAUUGAUUGAUGAGUCAAAAUAUUUAAUAACAGAUGAAUUUGGUGAACGAUACGAUACAUAAUUU